AUGUCUCCCGCGAUUUUCGACUCCAGGAGGAGCAACUCCGUCCAGAACGCCGACCCCGAGCGCCGCAAGUCCGGCAGCGGCUUUCUCUUCUUGAACAACAGAUUCAAGAGAGCCCCUACCACCAAGACCACCAACGAGAACGUCACAUCCACGCCCCCCACGCCCACCUUUGGCCCGGUCAAGGAUGGAGGCGCCUUCAAACGCACCGACUCCUCCAGGAGUAUCCCAUCUCUGGCUCAGACUGCCGACGCCGACGCCGAUGCUCGAAGGCCCAUGACCGCCAUGCCCGGUCGUGAGAAGCCCUUCCUCGACACCAAGCAGCCUGUCAACGGCGAGAAGGAGGCCAAACCAGCCGUCGCCCCUGUUGAGGAGAAGGACGAGACUUCGCCUGCCAACGGUGCUCCCGUGACCAACGGAGCUGAGUCUGCUUCUACACCUGAGCCUGCCCAGAAGGACGACACCGUUGUUGAGGCUCAUCCCACUGAGGAUGAGGGCGAGUCUUCCGAUGAGGACGAGGAGAAGAACGAUGCCGAGGGCGCUCAGCUCGCUACCCGCGCUGUCAUCGUUCCUGCCCGUGUCGCCACCCCCGAAGCUGAGAAGAGAAUCUCUUACCACGAGGACUCCGACCUUCACAUCAAGGUCCGCGAGACCAACGGCACCCUCGCCGUGUACUCCGUCCGCGCCUCGGCGCUCACCACCGCUUCCCGCGUCUUCAGGGACUUGCUCGCCAACAACACCUCCGGCGUCAUUGAGCUCAAGUCCCCCGCCGACACCGCCAGCGGUCUCGACACCUUGUUCUCCAUUGCCCACUUCAAGUUCCACGAGCUCCCCACCCGACCCAACGUCGACGUCCUGUACGAUCUCGCCCUGGCCGCCGACAAGUACGCCGCUGCGCACCUCCUCGUCCCCUUCAUGAAGGAGUGGGUCAUUGCUCUGAACCGCCACGUGCUCAUGGCCGGCGCCCGCAACGACGAGGACAAGACCCUCGUCCUCAGCUGGGUCUUCGGUGAGGCUCGCUGGUUCACUCGUGUCCUCUCCAAGGCCGCCUACAAGUCUCGCGUCGCUGCCGACGGCACCCUCCUCGACUCUCAGGGCCGCCCUUGGAAGGACCAGCCCGUGUCCGACGAGGUCAUCGGCAUGCUCACCGCCACCCGCGCCGAGGCUGUCGAGAAGAUCAUCAAGGCCGUCAGCAACCCCGUACACCGCCUCCUCAACCCUUCCUGCUACCCCGGAGAGGAGAUCCGCUACUGCCACGCCGGCACCGAGGACGGAACCGUCGAGGACUGCGAGCAGCUUCUGCUCGGAUCGGCCAUCAUGGGCUUGACCAAGGCCAGGCUCUGGCCUCCUCCCGAGCCUGCCCAGAUCAAGGUCAGCGCCAUCGAUCUCGCAAGAGCCUACGGCGAGGUCCGCAUCCGCCGAUACCAGACCCCCGGCAUGCGCUUCAGAGACAGCGCGGCCGAGGGUGCGCCGGUGGAGGACCCUCACGCCAAGUGUGGCUUCGGUCACCGUGAGGCUCUGGAGAAGAUCCUGAACACUCCUGCCAAGGUCGGCUCCGGCAUCGUCAGCCAGCUGAUCACCAGGGCUAAGAAGUCCGGUGCCUUCGGCGACGAGCUGUUUUCCGACUUGAAGGAGCAUGUCCAGGAUGAUGGUGCUGCUAUUGAGGGCGAGGACCUGAAGACCGAUCCCGUCCACUACAAGCAGGUUCGCGACAGGACCAACGGCGCUGCCGAGAACAAGGUCCCCGCUGAUGACGACGAUGAGGACGAUGAGGACGAUGAUGAGUCUAGCUCCGAGAGCGACGAUGAGUAA